GAACGAGGAGGCUCAUCUCGGUUCACACAAAGCAUUCGAUCACUCCUUAUCCAAACGCUGCAUUUCGGUCGAUCUUUAGGUUCAAGAAAUCAGAAGAGUUGAGUAAACAAAGAGGAAGUUAUGGCUGCAGCCUCAUUGUUGUGUCUAUGUGACACAAAUUUAAUCCAUAGUUCAAGAAAAGAGAGUCCAUGGCACCCAAAAUUAUUUCCAGGUGUUGGCCAUAAAAUCCUGGACCUAUCAGUCACCAGGAAAAGAAACAGAACCCAUCCUGGACGCCAAAAGGGAAAUUUAUCUCAUAAGUUUUCUGUGUCGGCCACAACUGAAGGCUCUGCCAAGUCAAACAAGUCUGAAGAAACAAUCCCCUCUUGGGCUCGGCCAGAUUCAAGUGAACCCCCUCCUUGGGCUCAGGAUGAAGGCAUGGGGAAUGAAUCAGAAAAGAGUUUUGAGAUUCCCUUCUAUGUGUACUUACUUACCUCUGCAGUGACUGCAAUUGCUGCGAUAGGUUCUAUUUUUGAGUAUGCAAAUAAAAAGCCUGUUUUCGGGGUUUUGAGCUCAGACAGUAUUUUCUAUGCUCCAUUGCUGGGAUUCUUUGUAUUUACUGGCAUCCCUACUUCUGCAUUCCUGUGGUUCAAAUCUGUUCAAACAGCUAACAAGGAAGCUGAGGAACAAGACAAGAGGGAUGGCUAUUUUUAGAGUCAAAUUUGUGGUGUAAGCUGCCAUAUAGAAUCAUCCCUUACACAAACAGGAAUGCAUAUUUUAAAAAUAUUUAAAGGCAUCAUGUCUAGCUUUCAGCUCGAUUCUAUCAUACUUGUAUUAUAUGUUAUACUAACAAUUAGUGUUGCAUCUGUAAAUCAUGAAUUGGCCCGAGAUUCGGCUUUUAACUUUCAUGCAUUGGAUUGGGAAUAUAUUCAUAAAAUGCCUCAGAAUGAAAUGACCAUGGUUGUGCUUAUUUCUA